AUGACUUGUGAGUUAAAGACUGAGAAGCAAGGUAGUGCUGAUACCUCAUUAAAGUGUCCAACGUGUGACACUAGCGUUAAUUUACCUGAUGGUAAAAUUGAAGGCCUCACUCAAAACCUUUGGCUUGAACAUAAAUCAAAAGAGGCGUCAAUAAAAAAGAAGAUUGGCAUCAAGGAAGCAGUAUCAUGUGAUAAAUGUAGUGUUGAUGAUUCCACUGAUGCAGCUGUCAUGUAUUGCUGUGAUUGUGGCCAAUUUCUGUGCGAUCUUUGCAAGAAAGUUCAUAAACGAAGCAAGAAAGAAGCCAAUCACAAGUUGAUCAAUUUAGAAACAAAGGAAUCUAUUGAAUUGCCUGCUAUUAAGCAUGAGGCAAUUUAUUGCAUUCAUCAUUCUGAAAAGCUGACAUACUACUGCAAGGAUUGCGAUAAAUUGGUUUGUCAGAUUUGUCUUAACAUUCACCAUAAAAGUCACAAUUACAAUUAUUACCUUCAUGAGGGUGAUACAGCAUGUAAAGCAUUAAUGGAAAGUGUUGCUAGUUGUGAUGGAGUCAUUCUUCCGGUCACUGAAGCUAUUGCUAAUGGAGAGAAGAUGCUAGAGCAGAUAGCAACACGUAAAGAAGAAGUAAGGCAGGAAAUCAAGGAAAAGUUUGAAGAGCUUAAAGCUGCUUUAGAUAAGAGAUGCAAUGAUCUACUAUAAUAGA